AUGAAGAGCGGCACAAUGGUGGUCCAUCGACCUGUUGCGAAAAUUGCCAAGCGCAUUGAUGAGCUUUGCGCGGAUGGCCAGUGGAAGAGCAGCGAGGCGCUAAUGGAAGGUCUUCGGUGGGCGGUCAAAGCUCAACGCGACUCCCAGAUGACUGAACUCCAGCAGGAGCCCAGCAUUUCUUCGCGAGUUUCCAUUGUGUUGCAGCGCUACUUUGGCCUGAAUGUUGUCCAUCAGUACGCCAUCGGUUCCUACGGCACCCACGUUGAUUGGGCGGGCUUUGACGACAACCAUCACGUUGUCGUCAUGGGCGAGUGCAAAAAGCAGGAGCAGCCGUUCCAAGAAUAUGGGGGCCAGGUUGCCAACGAGCUCUUGCGACUGGGGGCCAUUCCAACGUUGUAUGAGAGCAACAGCGACAUAUCGCUGACUCGGCGGAAGGACAUUUUGUGGCCCAUCAUCAACAUCAACGUGGUGGGAGACAAUGUCAGCGCCUACCUGGCUUUGCAAGUGAUUGAUGUUCGAUGGGAGCAGUUUGAGGGUUGCCUGGCAGAGAUUCUGCCAUUGCUCGAGAUUGACAGUUCGAACGCGAAGCCGAGGACAUCGGGGCUGUUCUUUUUGCGCCUCGGUGCCGCAAAUUUUAAAGAAGAUUCGCGGCAGGUAGAAAGCAUCUUGCGAGCUUGCAAGGAAUUUGUGCAAGGGGAUUUGGCGCGCUUGCUGGAUAGGGCAGGUGCUCAGACUCUAUCGCGGCCACGGCUGCCUCCACAACCAUUUCCUUGCCCUUUUGAAGACCUCGACAAGUGGAAUCUGAAGGAUUCGUAUGGUCCCAACGUGCAGGUCUACAGCAUCGGGAAGCAAAACAAGGAGCAAGGCAAGGUGUUCAAGCACUUUGACUACUGGGGACGCACGGCAAAUCUCUGCAGCAGCCUCUCGGCACAGUGUGUGCCUUACCAAGAUCGCCGCUACCCGCCUGACGACCGAAUCUUGACAAAACUCAGUCAACUGGAUGUGACGGGCUCGUUCUAUCAGAAGUGGGAGGUGGUGAGGCUUGCAACUGCCGUGGAUGUGCUCAGCUACCCUUACGUGAAGCCGGCAGACACCGUCGAGAUUGAGCAACUGGUCCAGGUCAUCUACCAACUGAAGGCCAUCCAUAGCGUUGACUUUGUGCACGGCGACAUUCUUCCUCGCAACAUUCUUUUUUGCAGCGACUGGGAAGGGCAUCCUGCGGCCUUUCUCAUCGACUUUGAUCUCGGCCGGUUUCUCGCUGCUAAUCCUGCCCACAACCCCGUCUAUGCCUCCAAUUUUGCCAGGGAAGGAAAGCCGCUGGAGUCGUAUCGUCACCCAUAUGCCCGGGGGGAUUUGCCAAUGCAGAAGGAGCACGAUGGCUUUGCCUUGGCACGUGUCAUGGAGAAGUUUUUGCAGGAUGACGAGGCUCGUCAGCAGCUGGUGGCUGCGUUGGAAGAGCUGCAGCUGGAUGACGCUGCCACGCUGUGUCAGCAGUGCUCGCUUUUGCCGCUAGACAAUGUUGCUGGGCUUGGCAAGGCCACGGGCAGUCCUCGGCGUUAA